UCUUCGGGUAUGCUGCAAGCAAUAGAAGUAGAAAUUGGACGUGUUUUAGUAGCAUGUUCUAACACACUAAUCUGGAAUGCAACAAAUAACCCUGCAGAAAAUUUUAUGAGCCAGUUGUGCAAGACUUCGGGAGGCAAAAGAAUCGAUUUUGCAAAAGCAGGAAGCAUAAAUAGAAGAGCAAACAUAGCUCUUAUGGCCUUUCAAAGUCCUGCACAACAAUGGCAGAGUCGUAUUUAUAAGGCAGUAUCGAGCAGAAGUCCUCAAACGCCUUUACACAGAUUUUUAAAUUCCCGAAAAAAAACGACAUUUUGAAAGAAUGAAAAGGCGCAGAUUAUUUGAUCUUGAAAAAAAGAAAAGAGUUCAGAGGAGACUUUUUCACCUUAAAAGUGGAGGAGAUAAUCAAUAUGGUAUUUCUGCUGAGAAACCAGACAUAUCUACAGAAGCACUAAAUAUUCUUAAAAAGAACUACAUGUCGUCUAUUCAAGUUCUGCGUAAAGACGAAUUAGAAUUAGGAACUAGAGGGCAAAUCCUAUCAGAAAAGUGGAGACAGGAAAGAUCCAAAAGAAUAUCUUCUUCUUAUUUCAAAGAAAUUGUAACCAGACGACAUACAACGCGAACUGCCAACCUAGUGAAAAGAAUUGUGUAUGAAAACACGACAGCAUGCGAGGCAAUGCAAUAUGGUUUAGCUAAUGAAGCUAAAGUUCUGGCGCAAUAUGAACAUGACAAACAAUUAUAUGUUCAUAGAUGCGGAUUAUUUAUAGAUCCCGCAAACCCUUUCCUGUGCACUUCCCCUGAUGGUCUUAUUGGAGACAUCGGAUUAGUGGAGGUAAAAUGCCCGUACUCAGCUAGAGAUUCCACUAAUCUUAAGGAAUUCUUUAAACAGAACAAACAGCAGGGAUUAAAAUGGAAUGCAAAUGGUUCAUUUUACCUUCCAGAUACUCACAAAUAUUACUUUCAAAUUCAAGGUCAGUUGAAUAUUACUAACCGAAGUUGGUGCGAUCUUUUUUAUUGGUGCCAAGGAGACACAUUAACUGUUAGAAUAGAGAAAAACGAGAAAUUUUGA